CAGUACAUAUAGGCAAAGACAUCAGAAUGCCAGUCUAAAGAAGACUGAAUUGGAAGUGACCACAUGAGAUCUUCCUGCUGAAAGUUUGGGAUGUGGAGAUGAAAAUAGGAACCACUACUUCCUUUCUUCUUCCAGAUUCAAGCUAGACCUCUCACUGAUGAUCAUCCCAAAGUUUCAUUCUUGGGGCCACUAGUUUCUCCCAGUUUAUGUACACCUUAUGAGAAGGAUUCUUGUGAUGUUUUCAGAUACAGUAAAAAAUAUUGAAAGAGAAUUUGAACCCAUCUCAGAAGAACAGUCUGGAGAACAUUGAGCAAAGGUGAGAUAACCAAAAUAUCAUCAUCCAGAAACAGUUCUUUGCACGUCCACAAGGAUGAAUUGUUUUUGACAGGCUGAAACAUGGAGGGGUCCCUUGUAGCUCCACUUGGAUUAACCUCACUCAGAAGCAGACUACAGUGAAGAAUUGCUCUGUUUGGAAUAACAUAUUAGAAGAAUCGUGGUCUGAUUCAAAGCAUAAGGUUUUUAACUUCUCUUUGAUUUUUAAUGCAAAGAAUGGAAAGAGAUAAGCUGAUGCUUAUUUGAAUCAUGCAAUUAAAAGAAGAAUGGGGAUCUGGAAAUUAAUAUCUUCACUCUGUUUUUAGCAAUGAACUAAUGGCAAAUAGGUCCACAAUAAAGGAAUUCAUACUGUUGGGGCUGAAUGCCAACCCUCCACUUGAAGUUAGCCUUUUUCUCCUCCUGCUUGGGACUUAUCUUUUGACAUUAAUAGGAAACACACUGAUUGUUAUUAUCACAAUGGUGAAUGUUCAACUCUGUAGCCCAAUGUAUUUCUUCCUCCGACAUUUGGCAUGGGUAGAUCUUGGGUAUAUGAGUACUAUAAUUCCCAAAGCACUGGUCAACAUAGCUACUAGUACUAAGAGCAUCUCUUUAGCUGGUUGCUUCAUACAGGUAUUUCUUUAUUUGGUCCUUGGCACCACUGCGUUCUUCCUACUGGCUACAAUGUCUGUUGAUCGCUACAUUGCCAUCUGCAACCCUCUUCACUACACAACCAUCAUGAAUCCCCGAAUCUGCUCAUUAUUAGUAUUUUCUUGUUUGGUUGGGGGUUUAUCACUAAUUCUAGUUAUAUCCAUUCCUUUAUUUCUUAUGCCAUUUUGUGGUCCUAACGUCAUGAAUCAUUUUUUUUGUGACUAUGGACCCCUAAUGAAGCUGGUAUGUAUUGACACCAGCUUCCUAGAAAUGACUUUUUUUGUAGUUACUAUAUUCAUUCUGCUUGGGACCUUAACUGUCAACAUUGUCUCUUAUGUCAAAAUCAUUUCCACGAUUCUGCGUAUUCCAUCAGCUACUGGUAGGAAGAAGACCUUCUCCACUUUUGCUUCUCACAUGACAGUGGUCACUAUCACUUACAGCAGUUGUAUUUUCAUAUAUAUCAAGCCAAAAGGCACCGUUGGAUUAGAGUACAACAAAAUAGUGGCUCUUCUGAAUACUGUUAUUGCUCCCUUUCUCAUCCCAAUUGCAUACUCUUUGAGGAACAGACAAGUGCAGGAUGCUUUGAAGGCUGAACUGAGACAAAGGAUUGGUUUUGCAAAACAAUGAGAUGAUUGGCUAUUGCUAGGGCUCCAAAAAAGAUGUUCAGAUUUAAUGUCUUUGAAUGGAUUGUGCUGCCUUCAGAUGUAAUAAUUACCCAUUGAGAUGGUCUUUCAAGGGGAUUAGAGAAAGCAUAGAGUAGUGGUGGCAAACCUAUGGCAUGCAUGCCAGAGGGGACACUCAGAACUCUCUCUAUGGGCAUGCAUGCCUCACUGUUUGGCUAGGUUUUUGCAGGAAAAAAGCCAUUUCUCAAGCCCCUUUGUAGCCAAAACAAGCCUCUGGAGUGAGCGUGCUCUUUUCAGCUUUGAAUUAUAUCAAAUCUGACACCAGAAACAGACUAACAGAUGACCUGAGUGCGGCAUACGUUGCUUUCAAACUUACAAAAUAUAAGCCAAGGUUAGAGAAAUUAUCAGCAUGCUUACAACAACAAAAAUCACAUUAAUGGUUCAAAAGCAUGCCUAAUGCAAACUGUUUACCUUUCAAUAAAAAGUUGUUUGUAUCAUUGAAA